AUGGCCGCCCUCACUCCUGCUCAAAUUGAGCUGGCCAGCUCCCUCGCCCAAGACGAGUUGCCCUCCAAGUUGAAAUGCGCCAACUGCAACAAGCUCGCUGUCAAUGCCUUCCGACUGCCGUGCUGCGAAACAGCCAUAUGCGAGAACUGCCAGUCGUCAUUGGCAUCCUCGUGCCCAGUGUGCGAACAUUCCCCCAUCUCCGGCCAUGAUUGCACUGUAUACAAAUCACUUCGGACCACCAUCAGGGUCUUCCUGAAGACCGAAGAAAAGAAGCGAGAGGCAGCACAAGCUAAAGCAAAUAACUCUGCGCCCCCGACCCCCGUGGAGCCAACAUACACUCCCACGCCUGUCGCUCCAGUCGCACAGCCUCCCGCAGCGCUACCCCUGGCUGAUACUGCCAAACCUGACGAGGAAGAUGCUCCCACUGCCGGUUCGGCCGACCCUACUAUACCCGCUGCGGAAUCGCAAGCCGACGUUGGCCCUUCAGGGCAGCAUGCGCAAGACGCACCCCAGCAGGGUGGUGCUGCUCUCGAUCAGCCAGACAACCAAGACAGCGCCGUUGAUGACCCGACUUCUGCGCUUCAAGCCCACGACGAGAACGAGCAGCAGGAUGAAAAUGCCAACGAGCAUGGUCAGGGCCAGGAGGCUGACAAGCAAGACGAAGAGGAGGGCUACGACCAGGAAUCGGACAUGAAUGGCAAUUUCAACAACAUGAGCUUCGAUGGGAGCAGCAUGAAUCCUAUGCAGAUGCAAAUGCAAAUGAUGAUGCAGAAUGGAAUGAACCCUGCUGCCUUUGGCGGGUUUCCCAUGAUGGGUAUGGGUAUGGGAAUGGACCCGAUGGCGAUGCAGAAUAUGAUGAUGAGCGGAGGCUUUGGAGCGCAAGGCAUGAGCGGCAUGAGCGGCAUGAGCGGCAUGAACAUGAAUAUGGGCAUGAAUAACUUCGAUGGUGGCAACAAUGACUGGAGCGAUCAGCAAUCCUGGCAAGAUAAUUUCAAUCCAAAUGCUACUGGCAUGGCCAACGGUGACUUUGGCAGCUUUAACUCGGGCUUCCAAGGAGGCUACAAUGCAGGUAACUACGGCCAGUUCAACGGACGUGGCAAUUACCAGUAUCGAGGCAGAGGUCGCGGUCGCGGCUGGAGGGGCGGCUUCGAUCGUGGUGGGUAUGGUCGCGGUGGCUACAACCAAGGAUAUCAGAGAGGUUACGGUCAACAGAUGUGGUCUCAAGAGAUUGCCCAACACCCUCUUAACCAGGACAUGUCACAAAACGGGGCAGAUGGUUCAGAGGAAGCACAGAAGUCAACCAAUACAGACGAGUUUGGUAGGAUGAUUCGUGCCGAUGGGGAGGAUGAUACCAAGGAUGGAGGCGAUAACCAAGCCGGAGGUGAUGGUUUUCAAGAAAGCACAGGACAAGUACCUACAGACAAUGCCUCUGGAGAAGCUCAAGUUGAUUCUGCCAUGGCCAAUGGUGAUGUCUCCUCCGCAGAUCCGUAUUCGCGAUCACACGGCUUUUCGUAUGGUAUGGGCGCACCUGCAGCCUCUAAUGCACCGCUGAAUGCACCUACCGGACCCAAAGCGAUGCGGCAGGGCUUGCCUAACACCAGUACUCUCCACCUGCGUGCGCGUGGUUUCAUUCAAGACCCCCAUCCCGCUGUAACUAACAGUCCCAUUGUGGACAGUCCGAUGCAGGAAGAGAAGCCAGCAUCACCGAGUAGUUCCCGUCACUCUCACCCUUCCCGUGAAGACGUGGAGCGCCAGCCUGACAAUGACAGAGACGAUUACAACGUCGACAAAGAAGAGAGACGGAGCCGCGGCGAUGAUAGAGAACAUGAUCAACCCGGGUCAUACUCUAAAGAUCGUAGCCGUAGCAGAAGUCGCAGUAGAGAUCGUAAAGAAUCUCGACGACACAGGCGGCACCGUGACGAAUCUGUGACAGAUGAAGGUCGCGACGAUGACAGCCACCGCCUCAAGCAUAGAUCUAGACGAUCCACGCGAGAUGAUGCUGACUACAAAAGUCGUCCAAAGAGUGAUAAACACGACGACAGAUCCCGAUCUGCUUCGCCCGAACAUGACCGUGAGCACAAACGCUCAAGUCAUAGAAGCCAUAGAGAUCGUGACAAGGAGAGAGAGCGGGAGCGGGAGCGGGACAGCGAUCGUGACCAUCGCAAGAAAUCUAGCCACCGCUCUCGUCAUGAUGACCGCGAACGCGAGCGCGACAGAGAAAGAGACAGGGACCGAGAUCGUGACCGUGAUCGAAAGGAGCGCAGAAAGGAACGUGAUCGGGACCGAGACCAUCGACACAGGAGCAGCCGCAAGACGUCACAAGAACCACCGACCUUGACUGAACCGGCCACAAAGGAGUUCAACCCGCCCACUGGUCCUCGUGGUAGCACCAGUAGCGCUGCCCCUAAAGGCUCGAGCUCCCGAGCCGAGUUCUCCAUUAAAGGAGCCAGCUCCAAGUCAAAAUCUUCUUCAUCUCACAGGCGCGAAAGCGAGGCGUGGUCCUCUACUCGUCGUGGAUCUCAUGCUUCGACCAGCAAUGCGCCUCGGGCAGCGCCUACCGGCCCGGCCAAAGAUCCCCAUACGUUGGAGCGCGAGGCCAGGGACCGCGAGAGACUGCUCAAGGAGACACAGCGCAUGCAGCUAGCUGGCUUGACCGGCGCCAAGCGAGGGCGAGACACUGGGGAUGAUCGCGGCGGACGACGCAAGAACCGUCGUGGCGAGACCAGCCACAGUGAAAGCGAAGAGCAACGAAUGAGGCGGCUCGAAGCCGAAAGAGAGGGUGAUCGAUGGGAUUAG